AUGACUAAUCUUGUGUCUAAGGAAGGGACGAAUGAUAAUUAUGUAUGGAGAUUGAACAUUGAUUCAAUAUAAGAAUUCUAGAAAUAGGGACACAAGGAAUUUAGAAGCGCUUACGAUGGUCCUGUCUGUGUCAAAUGUGGAGAAAGAUCGGAAUAUGUGAAUUAAAAUGAUAGAGCCAGCUUUCUAUAAGUGUUUCCAAAAUUAGACAUCAAUAAAGAUAUACAUUUUGUUGCAGUAGCAGGACAUUGGGUUUAAGUAGAGAAACCUCGAGAGUUUAUUAAAUUGACUAGUCAAUAUUUAUCAUAAUUUUGA